GAUAUACAUAUAUAUACAGUGAAAUAUGGGCAACGAAUAUCGUAUUGCUAAAAAUGUGGUUCUCACACGGAAUUCCAAGGAGCAGUUUUCAAAAAUUAAAAUCCUCAACUGGGUCAAUGAAACCUUGGAGAGCAAUUUGUCCCGGAUUAAGGAUCUGUGCACGGGGGCUGCCUAUUGCAAUUUAAUGGACAUAUUGUUUCCGAAUUUGAUUCAGAUGAGAAAUGUGAAGUUCAUGGGCAAUCAGAAAAUAGAUUAUAUCAAGAACUUCAAGCUGUUGCAGCAAGGCUUCAACAAGUUGCAAGUGAACGUUUCGUUUGACAUACAGGAGCUGAUCAAGGGAAACUAUCGGGAAAACUAUCAAUUUGCCAAUUGGUUUAAAGUGUUCUACGAUCGCAAUUUCGAAUCAAUUUGCAAGAAUUACUGUGCUAAGAAGGCGCGUGGUUAUCAGGAAAUUGGCAUGGCAAUUUCAAAUUGAAUCGUCCUAUGCAGCCUUGUCUGACUGUGCCACGUCCAACUACUUCGAUAAACGGUUGUUAAGUCCAUAGUGAUUGUGCCACAAAGUCCGACUUCGUCAGGCAGAGGCCGAAAGCCACGAUUGUGUUGCAAAGCCAAACGUAUCCGAACAGGAUAUUUACUAUAGCAUUCCAACUGGACUUAUAGAAAGCUCUACCUUUACGAGCAUUAAUCCACAAUAAAUACCUCAAAAUCUUAAUUGUAUUAGCAACAAAACAAAAAAAAAACACAAAUAAAAAAAAGAGUCUAAAA